CGCGCUAAAGAUAAAUUAUUGCCCCAUCUUAAUGCUUUGCGUGUCAAAUUAACCCCGUUUUUUGUGUUUUAGGCCUGUAGUGUAUGAGAGCAAAUAGAGCUCCGUGCGUGCCCAGUGCGUGAGCGCGAGCGCACGCUUGAGCGCCCUCAGACGGGUUGUUAAGGUGGCAUUAGAGUUAAUGCAAAUUAAAAAGGCUGCUUGAUCCGUUUUGACCCCCCCAACUCCCCCCCUUCCCCAAACCCCGCCCGUUGGUUGCGUUAAUGCGGUCAUUUGCUUUGGAGGUGCUCACCCCCCUAUAAUUCAAUUUGUCAAAAUGAAUGAGAGAACAGAUAAUUUCUCCGGCGCGCUCCCUCCCAGCGCAUGGAGCGCGCACAAAAAAACAACAACAAAAAAAGAUAAUAAAAUAAAAACAAGACAAAAGUUACUUAACCGAAACAUCAUCUUCUCCGUUACUGUACCGCUUUCAUCUGUAAAUAAUUGCGAGGGGGGGGUUCAUAUUAUUAUGUUGGCCCCGGUCCCCUAGAUAGUCAUCAAUCACUCUCAAUCGACCUGUCACCGGUAGACAGAGAUCCAGCUGGAGAGGGGGGCAGGGGGGGAGGAGGAGGAGGAGGACGGGGUGAGAAGAAAGGGGAGGAGGAGGAGUACAUCAUCAUUAAUUUGAGGAGUGACCCCCAGGGCUAUCCACAUGUCUCAACCCGGGAUUCUCCAAGCAACACUGCGCGCACCGUGAUGUGGCUCCUGUAACCACCACGCGUAAAAAGACAGAUAGAUGGAUACAUAGAUGCACAGAUAGAUACAUAGAUAGAGGUUUUGAUGUCCUCAGGUUGUUGUUUUUGUUGUUCUGUAUCCUAAUUAAUAUUUGAAUCAAUUAACUCCUUGUGUGAUUUGUGUUAGGAAUGCAUUUAAUUAGGCCCUAAUGUAUUUAUCUCAGUACAUACAUUUGCACAUCGGGGAACGCUGAUUGGUUAAGUGAUUGAUGCGCAGUUGCAAAUGAUUCCCACCACGUGCAUGAGUCAAAAAAAUAAGAAGAAGAAAUGGGAAAAAACGUCUUCCUCCACUUUUAUUCCUCCCAGAUCUCACGUUUGCUGUCACUCUUGGAAAAGGAAAUGCAUAUUAAAGUUACAGUCCGGUCAUUUUCAGAGUGGGAAACUUCUGACGUCAUAGCCAGCGCCGCUUAAAACAACCUGCCUCUGCUUGCUGACGUCUUUUAUGCUACUUUUUUAUAAGGCAAAAAUAUGUACCUGACAACAAAGUGAAUAUUCUGGGGGAAAACGGGACGAAUGGCGUUUUUUUAUACUAUUAGACUUUGAAAGAGAGAGAUAAAAAAAGAAAGUUAUUUUUUUUUCCAGGCUUACGUUUUUCCCUGCUGAAAGGCAUUUGAGAGGGGGGUAUUUUACACAAAUUAAACAUGCUGCUCUGCUUCGCCCUAUAAGCAUCCUAGGAGCCAGUACUUCCCAAUCAGUUGGUACAGUCAAACUGAGGCGCAGCCUGCGUGAGCGUGGAAACCUUCGCUCCCGCUUUAUUUCAGGAUAUUGGGGGAUCUCUCUACCAUGUCAUAUCCACAAUUUGGAUAUCCGUAUUCGUCUGCUCCACAAUUCCUGAUGACAACCAACUCUUUGACUACUUGUUGUGAGUCCACGGGCAGAUCCAUAGCCGACUCCGGGGUGGCGGCAUCCGGACAGACUCCAGUCUACUGUCCCGUGUAUGAGAGCCGGCUGCUGGCCACGGCGAGACACGAGCUGAGCUCCGCCGCAGCGCUGGGCGUGUACGGGAGCCACUACACCGGCGGCCAAGGCUAUGGGAAUUACGUUGCAUACGGCACGGACGCAUCCGCCUUCUACUCGCUGGGCACGUUUGACACAAAGGAAGCCACAGCUUCUGCACAUGCAGGAAUAACCCAGGCAACUGCCUACUACCCCUACGAUCCAACUUUGGGACAGUAUCAGUAUGACAGGUAUGGCUCCAUGGACGGGGGAACAAGGCGGAAGAACGCCACGCGCGAGACGACCAGUACCCUGAAGGCCUGGCUGCAGGAACACCGGAAGAACCCAUAUCCCACGAAAGGAGAGAAGAUCAUGCUGGCCAUCAUCACCAAAAUGACCCUGACCCAGGUCUCCACCUGGUUCGCCAACGCCAGGAGGAGGCUCAAGAAGGAGAACAAGAUGACGUGGCCGCCCAGAAACAAGGGUUCAGAGGAGAAGAGAUAUGACGACGACGAGGACGGGUCGCAGGAGGAGCAGAUAAAAAGUGAAAACAAUGACGAUGAAACCAGAAGCCGGCCUGAUAAGGAUCUGCAGCUGAGCGAUUUGGAUGAUUUUGACGCACUGGAGUCGGAAAACUCUGAGUGUGAGCUGAAGCACCGCUACCACCUGAACACGCACAUGUCCACGACCACGACCGACUGCCCCCCCGAGCACCUGGUCAAGACUGCGUCCUCCCUGAAACUCCCCGUCCCCCUCGGAGGGGAGCAGGACUUGAGCAAAAGUUGCCUGAAAUCGAACCCGGAUGAGCUGCAGGCGGACAGCAGACAGCAGCCGAAGCCGUGUUAUAACCAACAGCAGCAGAUCAUAGACGGCAAACCUCGGAUCUGGUCUUUGGCCCAGACCGCCACCUCUCUAAACCAGACUGAAUACCCGUCCUGUAUGCUGAGGUGCCAGCCCUCCUCCCUGACCCCGUCCCCCGCCGCCACCUCGCCCGUCACGGGCCCCGACAACAGACAGGACUCCCCGGUCACAACGCUGAGAAACUGGGUGGACGGGGUCUUCCACGAUCCUUUGUUCAGGCACAGCACUUUGAGCCAGGCACUGACCAACACCACCGUCUCUUGGACCACAAACACCAAAGGCGCCAUUCUGGAGGCGGAGAGGAGCGCAGCGGCCUUGCAGCAGCUGCAAGAACCCCCCAAAGAUAGUGCCAUGAGCUUCCCAAAAACUAUCAACAAACUUUUCUGCUCCUAAUGUAACCAAAAUGACUUUUUCUGCAAAAAAGGUGACUGAAAACCGGUUUUCAAACCGGUGACGCUGGACCAGAAGUGGAACUUCCGGGUCGGUUUUGUUUAUUUGAUCCAACGCGCGCACAGAACCUAAUCGAAAUGUAAACAGUUUGGACAAAAAAAUAAGGUUUACAUUUUUUUUUCUCUUUUUUUAUUUCCUAUGCGCAUGCAAAUGUAACUAAAUAUUAUUUAAGUCUCUGCAAAUGAGUAUCACUAUUUAAAAAAUAAUAAUAAGACGUCUCACAAAUGCACUGCUCUCUGAGGAAGUGGAAAGAGCGCUUCAACUUUGUUCACUGGAUAAUAAAAGCAGUCAGUUUCUGAAGAGCGCUUGUCCUGUCGGGUUUCGUGGAUGGAGUUGCUCUCCAUGGUACUGAAACGAAAAAAAGUUUUUACGCGAAGUAUUCAUUCUCUAAAUGUGGAAUUUAAAAAACGAGAAAAAA